AUGGCUUGUAUAGAUCAAGAACAACAACCAAUUUUUAAGCAUUAUUGUAGGGUUUGCAAGAAAGGUUUUGUCUGUGGAAGAGCUCUAGGUGGUCAUAUGAGAGCUCAUGGAAUUGGAGAUGAAGGUGCAAACAUAGGUGAUGAUGAUCCAGCUAGUGAUUGGGAAGAUAAGUUUGGAGGGGGUGUUAAGGGAGGUAAUAAGAGGUUGUAUCAAUUAAGAACAAACCCUAAUAGACAAAAGAGCAAUAAAGUUUGUGAGAAUUGUGGGAAAGAAUUCUCGUCGUGGAAAUCUUUUCUUGAACAUGGAAAAUGUAGUUCAGAAGACGCAGAGUCCCUUGUAUCCUCGCCCUGUUCAGAGGACGAGGACUACAUUAAUAAUGGUGGAAGAAAAGGCUAUGGAUUGUCUAAAAGGAAGAGGUCAUUGAGAACAAAAAUUGGGACCAUUAGUACUUCAACUUAUCCAUCAAGCGAGGACGAAGAUCUUGUCCUCGCUAAAUGCCUCAUAGAUUUAGCCAACGCCAAGGUUGACAUGUCGUUGGCUGAGCCAGAGGAGUCGUGUGCCUCGGCUAGCAAGGACGAGGAGCGGGCAAGGAACCCAAUGCAUUACCUGACCCCACUAGUGAGUACUCGUGUACCUUUUGACAAUAAGGCUAAAGGGGUUUCUAAUAAAGGAUUGUUUGAAUGCAAAGCAUGUAAGAAAGUCUUCAACUCCCACCAAGCCUUAGGUGGACAUAGAGCAAGUCACAAAAAGGUUAAAGGAUGUUAUGCAGCCAAGCAAGAUCAACUAGAUGAUAACUUAAUUGAUGAUCAUGAUAUGAAUAUCACACAAGAUGAAUUCACCUUACAAGGUUCAAAAUCCAUGAGAAAAUCAAAAAUCCAUGAAUGCUCAAUAUGCCAUAGAGUUUUCUCCACAGGACAAGCCUUAGGUGGGCACAAAAGGUGCCAUUGGAUCACCUCUAAUUCCCCAGAUUCGACGUCAAAAUUUAAUUUCCAUGGUCAUAUGGAGCAAAUUAAUCUAAGAUCAAACUUGCGAAAAUCAGGUGAUGCAUUAGAUCUCAACAUUCCAAUAUCACAUGAAGACAUGUCGCGAAUCAGGCGCGACCCUAUGAAUCCAUUGAGCUUUGAGGUCUCAACAGAAAUUCACUUACAUCCAUGGAGUAGCAAUCCUCAUGAAGCAAAAGAACAUAGUUGUAGUGACAACUACUACCUUGAUGAAACCAUAAAUAAUAAUACUAACAAUAAUAGUAAUAAUAAUAAUAACAAUAACAAUAAUAAUAAUAAUGGUACCAAUGGUGACAACAAGAUUAAUGGUACAAUACAAAAUGUAGAAGAUGAUGAAGCAGACAGUAAAUUGAAAUUAGCUAAGCUAAGUGAAUUAAAGGAUAUGAAUAAAACUUCUGAAAAUCCUUCUCACUGGUUACAAGUUGGGAUUGGCUCAACAACAGAAGUCGGGGCUGACCCAUAA